UGAUUAGAUCAGGUUAAAUUAACGGAAUGGGAUGGUGUUUCUUUUUAUGAGUAGGAUUAAAAAUGAGCGGGAUAAUUUGUAUUUGUUAUAUCACAGAGUAUAAUGACUUUAUUCUCCGGUUCAGUUGGUUGCGGUAAUGCAACAUAUCGGCUGCCAACCGCCGUUAAACCCCACCAAAGAAGAAGAAAGUGAACGGAAACCGGAAAGGGUCAGUGGGUCCUACAGAAUCGGCGUGUUCAUUUCAAACCUGUAGUACAAGAGAGGACGAGCACGAGAAAGAAGCUUCCCCGUCGAGAAACUUCAGUCUACAAAUCAACAUUGAUGGAGUGGCAGCCGGAUGAACAGGGACUCCAGCAGGUCCUCCAGCUCCUCAAGGACUCCCAGUCCCCCAACACGGCCACACAGAGAGCAGUGCAACAAAAACUUGAGCAGCUCAACCAGUUUCCUGACUUCAACAACUAUCUAAUCUUUGUGCUCACAAGACUGAAAACUGAAGAUGAACCCACUCGUUCUCUGAGUGGUCUGAUCCUGAAGAACAAUGUGAAGGCCCACUACCAGAACUUCCCCCCGGCCGUGGCUGACUUCAUCAAGCAGGAAUGCCUCAACAACAUAGGCGACCCGUCGCCCCUCAUCCGCGCCACUAUCGGUAUCCUGAUCACCACGAUCACUUCUAAAGGGGAGCUGCAGACCUGGCCAGAGCUGCUGCCCCAGCUGUGUAACCUGCUCAACUCUGAGGACUACAACACCUGUGAGGGCUCGUUUGGAGCCCUGCAGAAGAUCUGCGAGGACUCAUCGGAGCUGUUGGAGAGCGACGCACUCAACCGCCCGCUCAACAUCAUGAUCCCCAAGUUCCUGCAGUUCUUCAAGCACUGCAGCCCUAAGAUCAGAUCUCAUGCCAUCGCCUGUGUGAACCAGUUCAUCAUCGGCAGAGCCCAGGCCCUGAUGGACAACAUCGACACCUUCAUAGAGAGCCUGUUUGCGCUGGCUACAGACGAGGACUCUGAGGUGAGGAAGAACGUGUGCCGGGCUCUGGUCAUGCUGCUGGAGGUCCGUAUCGACCGGCUAAUCCCUCACAUGCACAGCAUCAUACAGUACAUGCUGCAGCGCACACAGGACCCGGAUGAGAAUGUUUCUCUGGAGGCCUGUGAGUUCUGGCUCACCCUGGCUGAGCAGCCCAUCUGUAAAGAGGUGCUCUCUGGACACCUGGUGCAGCUCAUUCCUAUCCUGGUGAACGGCAUGAAGUACUCUGAGAUAGACAUUAUCCUGCUGAAGGGUGAUGUGGAGGAGGACGAGGCUGUGCCAGACAGUGAGCAGGACAUCAAGCCCCGCUUCCACAAGUCCCGCACCGUCACCCUGCAGCACGAGGGCGGAGAGGGCGAGGAGGGAGAGGACAUCGAUGAAGACGACGAUGAUGAUGACGAUACAUUAUCUGACUGGAACCUACGCAAGUGUUCGGCGGCAGCGCUGGAUGUGCUGGCCAAUGUGUUCCGAGACGAGCUGCUGCCUCACCUGCUGCCCCUGCUCAAGGGCCUUCUCUUCUCCCCUGACUGGGUCACCAAGGAGUCUGGCAUCCUGGUGCUGGGGGCCAUCGCUGAGGGCUGUAUGCAGGGCAUGGUGCCCUACCUCCCGGAGCUCCUCCCCCACCUCAUUGCAUGCCUGUGUGAUAAGAAGGCCCUGGUGCGCUCCAUCGCCUGCUGGACCCUGUCCCGCUACGCCCACUGGGUGGUCAGCCAGCCCCCAGACUCCCACCUCAAACCCCUGAUGACCGAGCUGCUCAAGAGGAUACUGGACGGCAACAAGAGGGUGCAGGAGGCCGCCUGCAGUGCGUUUGCCACCCUGGAGGAGGAGGCGUGUACAGAGCUGGUGCCCUACCUCAGCUUCAUCCUGGACACGCUGGUGUUCGCCUUCGGCAAGUACCAGCACAAGAACCUGCUCAUCCUCUACGACGCCAUCGGAACGCUAUAUACGCCAUUAUUUAUACUUAUUAUAUACAUAUAUACAUUAGUACACCACCUCAACCAGCCUGUGAGUCUGGAUUUUCACUUAGUUAGCAAACUAAUGACAUUCUGCUGAAGGGACAACAUGUUGGGGAAAAGCAGCAAGCUGAAGAUGGAGCACAAGGAUCUCUUUCCACUUCUGGAGUGCCUGUCGUCAGUGGCCACGGCCCUGCAAAGUGGCUUCCUGCCCUACUGUGAGCCUGUCUACCAGCGCUGUGUAACCCUGGUCCAGAAGACCCUCGCUCAGGCCAUGAUGUACAACCAGCACCCUGACCAGUACGAAGCUCCUGACAAGGACUUCAUGAUUGUGGCCCUGGACCUGCUGAGUGGCCUGGCCGAGGGCUUGGGGGGCAGUGUGGACCAGCUGGUGGCCCGCAGCAACAUCAUGACCCUGCUCUUCCAGUGCAUGCAGGACCCUAUGCCAGAGGUGAGACAGAGCUCCUUUGCCCUGCUGGGUGACCUGACCAAGGCCUGCUUCCCUCAUGUCAAACCCUGCAUUGCCGAGUUCAUGCCGAUCCUGGGCCUGAACCUGAACCCAGAGUUCAUCUCUGUGUGUAACAAUGCUACCUGGGCCAUUGGCGAGAUCGCCAUGCAGAUGGGAGCAGACAUGCAACCCUAUGUUGGGCUGGUCCUCAACAACCUGGUGGAGAUCAUCAACAGACCUAACACACCCAAGACCCUCCUGGAGAAUACAGCCAUUACGAUCGGCAGGCUGGGCUACGUGUGUCCACAGGAGGUGUCUCCCAUGCUGCAACAGUUUAUCAGACCCUGGUGCACAUCGUUGAGGAACAUCAGGGACAAUGAGGAGAAAGACUCUGCGUUCCGUGGAAUCUGCAUGAUGAUUGGAGUCAACCCCGCUGGAGUGGUUCAGGACUUCAUCUUCUUCUGUGAUGCUGUGGCCUCCUGGGUUAGUCCUAAGGACGAUCUGAGAGACAUGUUCUACAAGAUCCUCCAUGGCUUCAAGGACCAGGUGGGCGAGGAGAACUGGCAGCAGUUCUCAGAACAAUUCCCCCCUCUGCUGAAGGAGAGGCUGUCGGCCUGCUAUGGCGUGUAGUUCCCCUCGCCGACACAGGACACGCCUGUCAGGUUUAAUCUACGGGAGGGUUACUGGGGGAACUCAUCCAUCUGUGUUACUGCACUGCCCUGAUCGUGGGGGCAGGAGGAGAGGGACUGGCCCUGGCUCCUGUCCAUUCAGACUACAAGUCCCACGACCCUGUGUGUCUCUGUGAGGGUGGG